AUGCAACAGCACACCACGCUCCAGUGGUGCAAGAAGCAGUACAAGGAGCUUACCGAGAAGAACGAGUCCGUCCCCGAGUGGAUGGAGAAGAUGGUGACCGAGGACGAGAACAGGGGCAAGAUGAAAUGGGCCGUGCAGGAAGCGAGGCGCCUGAAGGCCGAGCAGAAGGACGUGCCCAAGUGGAUGAGCGAGCUGGUGGCGGAGGACGCAAGGUGGGCGAACCGCUGGGCGGCGUGCAAGGUCGCCGAGCUGAAGCAGUCCGGCGAGGAGGUGCCCGCGUGGAUGGCCGAGAACGCCAGGCAGGGCGUCGUGGACUACGCGAACGAGAAGUCGCAGGACCCGCUCCAGGAGCAGAUCGAGGAGCUCGACGAGGAGAAGGCGAAGGAGACCGCCCUCGUGCAGGCACAGGGAGACCCCGUCGAGGCCAACAGGAGGCUCCUGGCGAGGACCAAGAAGGCCUUCGCGCGGUCGACGGCGCAGCAGUUCCGGGUCCUGCAGGAGGCGCUGGAGGAGCUCGACCAGGUCGAGGCGGAGUUCGGGCGAACUGGCGGGGAGACGCACAAGCUGAAGCGCGCGAUCAGCCGCGCGAAGGAGGCCUCCGACAUGCUGAACCAGAUGCUGGCCCACAAGAUGGAGGUGCUGAAGUCGCAGAUGGAGAGGCGCCCUCCGCGUGAGCGCCCCGGCGCCCAUGGCCGCACUCCCCCUUCCCAGACCCCCUCGAGUUUAGGAACUCUGGGGUCGACGUAA